AUGAUUAAAAACGCACUUGAUUUGUGUUUAUCAUCAUUGUUAACUGCAAUCUCUUUUUUAAUUGAUCAUGCUUCCAAUGGUGAUGACAAUGUUAACAAGCGCAACGUGAAUCCAUCAUCCUCCUCCUCCUCAUCAUCAUCAUCAUCUGUGGCAAGUGAUCCGAAUCAUUCCAAGUCAUUGAAAAAAGUUCCUGUAACAAUCUCUACAUCUGUACAUGUGAAAAUUGCUUCACGUAUCUAUGCAACACCAAUAAAAUUGCCCUUGUCAAAAUAUAUUACAAUUUCUCCAGAAUUAUUUCAAACUUUACUAGAAUUAGAUUAUUGUGCAGCUCGAUUUGAAUUUGAAUUUGUACGAUGUGUUUCACGUCGUAUUAGAACAUUAAAAGAAGCUGAUGAUGUUCAAUUAGUCACUGUACUAUUCUCGGAAACUUUAAUGUGGGCAUUGACUGUGAAACUUUUAUCUGUACAACAAUUAGCCGAUCGAGAUCCAUGUGUUUUACUUGCUUUGCCACGAUUAAGUAUAUUGGUUGGUUGUCGUCUACUACCGGACUCUCUUAUCGGUUCUAAUCGCUUGGCAGUUGGUCAUCGUCUACCAUUCAUGUUUAAAUCAUCUCGUUCGGAAUUAGCCUAUUUAUGCCGACAAUUGUAUGCUCUUCGACCAGAUCAAUUAUGUCGAUUAACUAGAUGGCUUGGACCAAAUGGUUUACCGAAUUUGAUUUAUAAUCAAAAAUUAUCAACUAGAUUAUUAUCAAAUAGCGAACAAUGUACAAAUUCCAAUUGUACUUUACAAGAAGAAGUACACAAUGAAAUGAAAGCAACUACUACAACAGCUACUACUACGACAACUAUCAAUACUCCUCAUGAAUCUCGAUUGUCUUUAUUAUCACUUAUAACAACAACUAAUUCAAUUCCUAAUCACUUAAACAUUUCAUAUCACAAAAAUUAUAUAUGGAAAACGUAUCUUCCUGGAUUACAUCGACUGUAUAAAUGUAUUUCUUCAGUGGCUGAUCGAUUCGCUAGAGAAUAUCCUACAGAGUUACGGUUUAUCUUACAAAAAGUAGUUGAAAUGCAUGAUACUAGUGAUGAGAUGGAGGAUAUAUGUGAAUCUUCGAACUCAUCAUCUUCUUCUCCUAUGAACAACAACGAUAAUACUAAUUCACAAAUCGUCGACACAAUCUCUUCUGUCAAUAAAACAGAUAAUAUUGUUGAUAAGAAUGUAGAAGAAAUUAAAACUAAACUAUUGAUUGAUGAAGAAAAUGAAUUCGAUGAAGAAUUAGAAUUGAAUAUGUUUGACCUAAUAGCAAAUGAAAGCAAACUUCAUAAUUUAACUAAUUUAUUUAAUUGGAAUGAAGUGAUGCAGCAUCAUUAUCAUCAUUGUACUAAAGGAUCAUCAUCACCAAAUCAAUUUGAUGUAGAUAAAUUAUUUCAAGAGUCUAAUACAUAUUUACGAAGUUGUACUACUAGGAGUAAUAACAAUAAUAAUGAUAAAUAUUCUUGUUCGAUUGAUUCAACAACCAGUGAUUGUUCUAUAAAAUCGCUAGAAACAAUCCAUAAACAUACUGAGGUGAUAUCAUCAGAUGGUAUGGUAGUGGUGGUUAGUGAAAAAAGCAUACCUUCUAGUAAUAACGUUACUACUACAAGUACCGAACAAAUUGUUGAUGAGAUUGGCUUAGAUAUUGCAGCUUGUCUAAAUGAUAAUAAUGAUGCUGAAACAUUGAUGAUAUCGUCAAAUCUAAAUUCAAUUUCACAGGUUAAUAAUAAUAAUAAUAAUAAUCAAACCAGCACAUUUUCACAAAGACUUCAAGUAUUAAAUUUAAGUGUUUCAUUUGAAGGAACACAAAAUCCUACUGAUCAUAUAUUCAAUUAUUUACCAGCAUGGCAACCUGAUUCACCGCCAUCUUAUCAUCAAAAUCAAAUUGAUUCAUUGAAGAUAGAAAAUGGUGCUGAUGAUGAUGAUGAACAGGAUAAUAAUGAUGAUGUAGUAGUUGGUCAUUCUUGUGCAUCAUGCAAUCGUCCAUUCACUUUAAUUCGUCGACGUCAUCAUUGUCGUCGUUGUGGUUAUAUAUUCUGUUCAAAAUGUUGUAAUUAUUGGCAAUCAAUUGAAGGAUUAGCUACUAAUAAACCUGUUCGUAUUUGUUCAGAAUGUCAUGAAUUUUUAAACUCAUAG